GGAGAUAAUCGGUGAGUGUGCGCGGCGUAUUACUCGACCGAAAUUUAUUGGAAAAAGGGUAUUGCAUAUAUACGGGCACGUAUGAUUUUCUAGUGUUGUUAUUAUUUUUCGUAUACGACGAUUGUGUAUGCGCGUGUGCGUGUGCGUGAACGCGAAUUUUGUGAUAUUUGUUAUUUUUUUAGUUAAAUUUUAUUUUAUUCUCUCCGUGUGCCGAUUCCCGGGAUAGAUUCGACCGAGAGGUGCGUCGUAACCUUUUGCCGUCCUAACCUCGUUUCGCGUUUUCAUCCGUUUUUUCCCGUUAUCGAACCGCCGAUUGUCGCAACCGCGCACGCAGUGUUCGCUGGCCAUGUCCGAUACCGGUGCGGACACCGUCGCGUACACCAGAAUAUUAUGUAGCAGUUAAAAGUGAUUAUGUACGCGGCGCGUUUAUUAUGUUCAAUAUUCGGUUUGCCGAGUGCGAAUGGCGCGGGCAUAACGUAGCUGACUCGUAUUAUUAUGUACGCUGGCGUUGACGGGUGGCGGCGGCGGGGUGUUGGCAAACGUUCUGCUGCCUGUAACGUCUAACAUGGCUGCUACGCACGCGGAAAAUCAGCCGGGCGGUGACGUGAACAAUCGCGACCAAGACAGGCCGCUGGAUGUGCCCGGUUUCCAGAACGGCAGCCACGAACGCAGGACGCCCAUGAGUAGCCUGGCGCCCGAAUCGCCCAAAGGUAAACAACAGCAGGUGCCAGUCAAUCACCACAAUUACGAUAAUAUGAGCAGUGGCAAUGGCGGCCCGCCAUACAGUCGACCGGAGCAUGGCGAUCAGCCGGUCAUCGACGGUGACAUGUCGAAAGCUAACAAUUUUGAACAAGCACCGCCCGAUAAAGAUGGCUAUCCGCCACCUCCCGGUGGUUACCGAAACAAUUUCGGUCACCAUCCGCCACCCUCGGAGCAGCAUCACGCCAACAGCAAUGCGGAAACUAACAGUUUCAACCAAUUCAGGCACUCUUAUCCCAAGUCAAUGAUGCGCGUGCCGACGGGACCCCCGGGUGCAAUGUUUCCCCAGCAUCGAUAUCAUGUCAUGUCUGGUCAGAGUAUAUCGCAGCCAACCGGACCAACACCUACGCUCAACCAGCUGCUACAGUCAUCUAAUCCAGCUACACGGUAUCAGAACAACUAUGGCAAUGAUGGUUCUCAACCACCGCCUGUUCAAAACCAACAACAUUACAACCAAAAUUGGCCACCACCUCAACGACAUAACAUGCCACCCUUUCCUCCUCAACAUGGCAUGCCUUACAGAAAUAUGCCACCAUCGGUAAGUUACAUUUUAUCAACUAGACAAUUAUGGCUUUGCAAAGUUUACACCUUAACCUGCAGUCUCUGUUAAAUCCAUCCUAAAUAGCUUUGAGAACUCGCCAUGUAAAAAAAUUGUUUUCUCCAAUGGAUUGUAUUCAGUAAUAAUUAGGGAUCUCAUAAACACCUACAUAGACCAUUAUUGGUAUUAUUGAACUAGGUAAUCUAAAUUGGUAAUAGAUUUGAAAAUUGAUUUUGGUAAUAAGUGUUCCAAAUAUUGAAAAUCUUGAAUUAAAGUUGGCAGUUCAAUUUCUUUGUAUUACCCUGCAACUUAUUAAUUUUCACUUAAAAAUAUCAAUUCAACUCUAAUUUUCGAAUGAGAACAAAUCAAACAAAAUCAAGUCAUCAUACAUGUUAUGUAAAUUCAAUGUGACUAAUAGUGACUGCUGCCAAUACAUAAUAGACAUACCUGUCUAAUAUGUUGACUUGCGUUGAGAAUAUGUUGAAAUAUUUUCAUUUUUCUUUAUAAGUGCUAAGCACUUUACUUGUAUAUAAAUUAAAUCCAUAAACAAUUAAAAUCUCAAAUAAAUUCGAUUUUGUAUACAAAUACACGUUACAAAUCAAUUAUAUUAUUUGAAACAAAUUUUCAAUUUAAUCAAUAAUCAAUUGUUUGUACUUACUUUUUUUUAAAAAAUUUGUACGUACUUUUUUAAAAAUAGCGAUAUUUUAGUUGCUUUCAUCUUAUAUUUGUGCCUUCAUAUUUUCACUAGAGAAUUAUUCGUUAAAAAUUAAUUGUAACUAUAUAAUGCAGAAGCGGUCAAACGAGGUGGGAGAAGAGGGUAACGCACCAUGGCCUAUUCCCAGUCCUAUUUCCGUUAAAUAUUUUUAAUAGUAUUAAAUUUUAUUGCCCAUUUAUAUAUGUGGAACUAUAAUUUGGAUUAUUAUAAUUGUUUAAAAAUGUAAAAAAAAUCACCCUCACUUUUAUGCCCUCGAAAUAUAAAAGCAAUAAUUUUUAAUCUCGAAAUAAUGUGUUAUUCAUUAUCUCCAACAAUAUUAUCAUUAGUCAUUUCCAGACAUAAAAAAAAAAAAAAAUGUAGUAAAUGUUUUGUUUAAUGAAGUAAUAAAAUUUAUCACUAACUAGUUGGUUCUUCGAAAAUUGUUUUUUAUAUCAUUUUAAAAACCACAAUAAAUGUUAACGAAUUAAUAGGUAAUUAAAGUUUGAACAUUAGGUAUCACCUUACCAUGUUACCUAGGUAUUUAAUUAUCGACCGUUCGGUAAUAACCAUUUAAUAACUCGUAAAACGAAAUCAAUUCAAUUACCGUUUUUUUCAAACAAUUCUAAUUAUUAUGUUUCUCUAACGGGACGCGUUUAUUGAAAUAAUUUUCCUCGUCUGUCGCGUCGUCGAAAUUAUAAAAAAAAAAAAAAAAAAAAGACUUCCAAAGACUGAUGAAAACCGAGGUAGAAAUCGAUCGAGAAAACGUGAGUUUAAAAAAAAAGUCCUUUUCCCUAGUUAUUAAUAUUUACGAGAUUUAGUAUAAAUAAAUUAUAAUGAGUAACUUUGAACGAUCGUUUUUUUAAAUUUUAAAAAAAAAAAUACCACAUUCGAUACUGUUGUUGGUUUUACGCGAAUUUUGUGUUUUUCGUAGUAAUUUUCAUGUCCGUUUACGUUUUCUCGCGAGCCGAAUUUUCGUAUGUUAUAAUAUUAAUUGCAUAACGUAUAAUAUUAGAUAUUAAAUCGGUGUCAUUUAGAUAAUUAUUAUUAUAUUUUUUUUGUAAAGAUAUAAAUAAUACGAUAUUGAUUCGAGAACGACCGUUUUUCAAAGGUAUUCCGUACACAAUAAACGGCUACGUAUGCGUCGCGUCUGUAUCGGACCGGCUUUCAAAUUAGAGACCCCCCGCAGUAGCCAUUAAUGACGGUAAUUAUCGUUGUACAUUCCGUGUUGCGAGAACAUUUUGAUUGAGAAAUUGACAACGGAUAGAUAUCGGUGUGUGUGUGUGUGUGUGUGUGUGUGUGUGUGUGUGUGUGUGUGUGUGUGUGUGUGUUAUAGAAUCGCCGGAAUAUAUUUGCCGGUGGUAAUUUAUACGUUAGAAAUUAUUCGCGAUAAAAACGACGACUGGAAUAACCGCGGAAAUUUCGUAAAAUCCGUUUCGGAAACGUCCCGCCGACAAUGUUGUGGGCGCGCGUACCUAUAACGCGUGAUAUCGUGUGCCGAACGUCGAUAACGUUUUAUCGCGGUACCCAGUACAAUAUUGGUUUUUUUUUCUUUUCUGCAUACUAUUACGAUUAUUAUACCCCGGGUGUUGUACGAAUUCGUGACGCGCCCGCGUGGCGACGACGAUGGACAACGACCUAUAUCAAUAAAAUAGUAAAUCGUAGGCUCCCCCCCCCCCCCCCCCCCCCCCCCCCCCCCCCCCNCCCCCCACCCACCCGCGGACCAUCUCCGUUUGAUAGUGAUAAUUACGCGCGGAAUGAAUAAAACAAACGGCGGGUAAUCGACGGCGAUUCCGAGAGUACUCGGAUUUGCCGCCGCCGCGCGAGUUCACCUCCGUCGUUCGGCCGAGGAUCCGUGCGUAAAUACCUAUAUUUUCGAAACGUUAAAAAUUAAUUCCGGCCGGAUAUCGCCUGGGCGGCGGCGGCAGCAGCGGCAGCGUUACGGGAAUUUCCGCGCGUUAUUAAUAAAUCGGGCGUUGUAAAGUUAUUUAUUAAUAUUAUCGGGGGAUGUCCGAAUCCCGAGCAGCCGGCAACCGGCACGAGACGACCGACGCCGGCCCCGCGUGUGUGGCGAUAAAAAUAUUGUAUUGUCGUUAUCGCCGUCGUGUCACACGCGGUCUUCUCGUCGUCGGCCCGUCGAAUCUAUUCGCCGCACGGUUGGACUGGCUGGCGGCCGCCGCGGCGGAAUGGAGUCGGUCACACGAUACACGCCGCGCUUGCCGCCGACACACCGCGAUAAUAAUAAUACGAUAUAUUUUACGCGGUAAUUGUCCUCCUGUGCGUGCGCAACUGCAUAUUAUUAUUAUAUUUUUUUACACACGCGGUUGUCGUAUAUACAUAUGCGCCGCCGCCGCCGCGUCGUUUUUAAUUACGUCGGGCACAAACGAUCCGCGGGUGUCUCGCGCGGUCCACAAUGUAAUAUCGUUGCGAUCGUUUUCGCGGACCGGAGACAAUAAAACCCGCGAUAUAUUACUCGUGUAUCGCGGUGCCCGCCGUACGACGAUCGUUUUUUAACCGCCCGUCCGCGUCGUUCGCAAGUCGGUCGGAGGAGGAUAUUAUUUUGAUAACCGCGGCGGCGGCGGCGGCGGCAUCGGCGGUCGCCGCCGCCGCCGUCGACGCCGCCGCUAACGAUCGUGUGUGUCGUGUGUGCGUGCGUGUGCCGGUGCGAUGCGGCGCGCGCGAUGAUAAUACGCGCGAGUAUUAUUCGAUCGCGUCCGAGGCGUGUCGUAGAAGGUACGCGCGCGGAUAUACUCGCGUCGAUAAAGAAAUGAUUAUAAAAAAAAAAAAAAAAAAAUACACGUUAAUUUCUUAAUCGGAUAUACAAAAACCGGGGGACGGGGGGAGCGGGCGAAACGUAUUAUUAUUUAUAUUAUUACAAUUACGGCGAUGACACAUUUUCGACGCGGUAUCCGCACGCCGGUGGAAACAAUAAUAAAACGAUUAUUAUUAUUAUAUUAAUACGCGAGCGCGCGCGAUAAAACGAUUAUUAUUCUAUUAUUAUGUGUGUGUGUGUGUGUGUGUGUGUGUGCGUGCGUGUGUGUGUGUGUGCAUUCGACGGCACGACGUCCGUACGCCUCUCGCCCGUCCGCCCGCUCGUCCGUCCGUCCGUCCGUCCGCCCGCCGCGGGUAUCGUUGGGUUGUUUUACGACAAAAACCAGCCGCCGCGGCCUCCGUAUAAAUUAAUAUUGUAUACCUAUCCCGCGAACGUGUUUAAUAAUAAUAAUAACAAUAAUAUACGCGCACGCCGUAUACAUUAUAACGUAUUUAUAUAAAUUAGAGACGGUAAUUGAUUCAUUCAUUAGCCCGCGGAAUGCGCCCAAAUAUUUAUUUUUAGUAGAGACGCGUUCGUCGUCCCCGUGACUGGUGUCGCGUCCCCGCGCCUCUCCGCGUCCCGAUAAUCGCGCGUUAAUUUAUAAACGUCCUCGUCGUCGUCGUCGGCGGCGGCGGCGACGGCGGCGGGUAAGUUAUUAUUAUUAUUAUUAUUUUAUUAUCGUGUACAUAAUACACAUACAACACACUAUACCUACCCACCACCACCGCUAUUGUUGUUGAGUGUAUUUUUUUCUUCUUUUUUUAUCGUGAAUAUUUCUUAUCGUCAUUGCGUAUCCUACCGCAGCGCAGAUCUCUUUAAUCGAAAUCCGCCCCGUCCCGCCGUCGGUAAAAUCGAUAACUCAAUUUUUUUCGCGUACGCACGUUAUAAUAACACUAUAUUACCUACCCGGCGUGACGCGGCUCCUAAAAAUAAUAUUAUAUUGUACGGGGGGGGGGGAGGGGAAAUCGGUAACAAUUAUUAUUGUCGUUUUCUAUCUCUCCGGGGGGAAGAAGGGCCGACGACAACAAAUGAACAGAAUAAAAAAAUCGUAUUACGAAUAUUAUAAUAUAGUAUAAACAAACAAAAAAAAAAAGUAAAAAAAUUAUCAUGACGCGCGCGCCAUAGCCUUUACAGUCCUCGUCAAUGGGUUUUUUUUUUAAUUUUUUAUUCCCGUUUCUCUCCGCUGUAUAUUUCUCCGUUUCUCUUUCGGUCGCUUUAGAGUGUGUGUGUGUGUGUGUGUGUGUGUGUGUGUAGCGCGCACGCCGGGCUUUGUUGGAAACGGGCUACGCUCUACGCUUCGCAACAGCGACGGCGAAGCGGCAGCCGCGCGGCAUUCACUUCGUUUCGUUUUCCUAUCGCGCGGCAGCUGCGUGUUGGAUAUAUAGGAUGUAUACGUCGGUCGUACAGUGCGCGUGUAUAUAAUAUAUAUAUAUAUUUUUUUUUUUUAUUCCUAGUGUACGCCGCUCGUUUCUCGACGCCACGCCCACAGCAUUGCCCCGUUGCCACGUUGUGCACCGGUGCCGCGUUCGCGUUAUAUAAUGACACUACGGCUGCCCGAACGGCAACCUUGAGUCGGGAAGGAAAAUCGUAUAUUAUCGCGGGGGGCCAACGCCGCGGCGUUGCGCUGGGAAAUUUUCUUCUUUUUUUUUCCAUUCUCGUUCUACUUCUUGUUUCUUAUAAUAUUAUUAUUAUUAUAUAUAUAUAUUAUACGUUUUUUUUUCAAUACGUCAUAUUUCGAGCGAAAAAAAAUCGCUUUCCAAAAAAAAAAAAAAAAAAAAAAAAAAAAAAUAAAAAAAAAUAAAACUAAAACCUUUUCCGUUUUCCACAAUGCGCGCGCAGGCGUACCGAUAAAAUGUUAUUAUUUUUACACGGACAGCAUAAUAUCGGUAUUAUUUAUUCGGUAAGGUAACGCGAACGGCAAUGCGAAUUUCGUUCACGUUCAAAACUCCACUGCAACAGAGUAGCAGCCAGUAGCCGACGCGAUGAACAACGACGGCGGUUUUUUUUUUUGUACGGGGGAAAAAAAAAAACGAAAUAAAAAUCUUACGAAAUAAUUUCCAACGGUUUCCGUUGUCGGAAUUCUCCGGCGUUCGAAAUUAUAUUAAACGCCGCCGGUACACACUAUUAUAACUUUAUAAGUUUUAAUAUAAAUUCGUUCUUUAACGAGAACGGUUCGAUAUUUUAUUUAAAAAAAAAAAAUACCGCCCAGGUUAUUACAAUUUGUUCGCAAUUAAGUUAGGUGCUAUUACUUGAUCAAUUUGUUUUUUUUUUUUUUUUGCAAUAUAUAAUAUAUUUUCCGUUAUAAUUUACUAUACACGUGUUUCUAUCGAAAAAUUCCGGCGGAAAUGUUCGUAAAAGAAAUCUAUUAUUUACGAAUUUAUAACAAAAAAAAAAAAAAAAAAAGAAAUAAAAAUAAUAAUUUCGGAUUCGUGUAAUUAUUACGUUAUUAAUUCGUUCGAAAAUUUGUCGUCAGCUUUGUAAUUUUAUCGUUUUCGUUGGAUAAGCGUGUAUUAAAUUCGAAUACUCUGAUCUAAAUGCAGCGUUUUUACGAUUCGUCUUACGGUUCUCUAAAUUCCGUGUCUCAUUCCGCUGUUUAAUAAAGUGGUUCUUUGUAAAUGCCCAGUUGGAGGUUCUUUUCAUUCGACGACAGUCAAAUGCCUGUAGUAUUUUAUUAUUAUAACAAUAAUACGCUACACCGUUAACUGUGUUAAAUGAUCUAUUAUUAUGUAAUUCAACUGAUGAUAUCAUAACAACACUAUCAUAAUAUAGAGGAUGUGUGUUCCUAGUGAUUUACUAUUUGUACUACCAAUUUACGCUUUCGUUGUGUGCAAUAAUAAAUAAUAUAUUCUGUGGAAACUAAAUCCAGUGCUUGUAAAAAAAUAAUUUUAAAAUACCUAGUUCGGGAAACACGUGCACGAAAAAUUAUUCAGUCGUGUUUUGUUUAAAAUAAUACAUAUCAAAUACAUUUCGGGGGUUUUAUAGCAUAUUUUCUAUACUAUAAUUUCUUACGCGGAACGCUGCACGCAUAUUUCCGUAUUUUUGUCGUUGUACAUUUUCUUUUAACGCUGGAAAUUCAAAACUCGAGAAUUUAAAAAAUAAAAAAAAACAACACGAGACUUAUCUCCGAAUUCUGUUAUCUGUGAAUAAUAUUAUCUAAUCGGCAUUAAUAAAAUUGUUGAGAUUUUUAACCGCACGUUAAUCGUAUAAAAUCUGAUAAAAUUCCACGGUGCUGUUGUAAAUAAAAUGCGUGAUUACAGAUUUAGGUAAUGUGACACAUUCUAUUCGUUUAUUAUGUUCAACACGAUUUGUUGAUAAAUUAGAUUCAAAUAAUUACCGUAAACUAUUCUUGCUAUUAUGUUUUUUUUAACGUCUAUACAAAUUAUUAUUAUUCGCCUGUAAAUCGAAUAUGUCAGUGGCGUAUGUAGAAUGCGUUUAUGGGGGGGGGGUUAUUAUUUAUAUAUUGUAUAAUAUACAAAUGUUUAUAAAAUUGUAUUCUUUUUUUGGUAUUUAAGGCCAUGUCACAAUUAAAUUUUACUUAUGGGGGUUAUACCCCUAACACUCCUCCCCUCCCACCGUCGGUACGCCAUUGGUACAAAUACAAACCUAGGUAUUAUAAUAUUUCCGAAACACUAGAGUUUUGAUCAAUAUAUUUUAAACUUCGAAAAACAAAUAGAAAUCCCAAUGGUCGAUUUCAUAUUCCUGGGUUAUAUUUAUAUAUAUACUUAUACAAUUUUAACUUGACAAACUUUUGAAAUUGUAUCCUAUACGAUGAUAUAAGCGACGUAUAUCUUAUAUAACUUGGUAUACAGAUUACAUAUUAUCACUAGUGUGUAUAUAAUGUAUUUAAUGAUUUUGUUGUGGUAGAUAACUAUUGAAAAAAAAAAUUGUUAUUAUUAUUAUAAUAAUUUUUUGUGUGUUUAUAAACACGUAAUAAUUUUUAAAGAUACGUAUAGAUACCUACUACUUGACAAAUAUUCAUCUGAAGCUAUACGUUAAAAUAUACUAUUUGUUAAAAAUAAAAUAGAUGUUCCAACAAGAGUAUUCUAAUUAAGUGAAUUAUGUUUGCAAGUACAACAUUUAUUAGCGGCCAAAAAGAUAUUACAACAUUAUUGUUUUUUAUUUUUCUUUAAAAAUAAGUUACCAAGUGAUAUAAAUUACGUGAUAAAUUACUCUGUAAAUUAUCAUACUUAUGAAUAUAUAUAUAUUCUUAUAUUUUGCAUUUUGAGUACAUUUAAGUAUUUAGAUGUUUAUUUCAUUGUUAAAAUCUUCGCUCGAGUGAUUAUUAUUCUUAUUUGAUAUUAUUAUUAUAAUAGUGUCAAAUUUAAGUUUGUAAGUACUAUCGUGUAUUUUACAAAUGUGCCUACAAUAUGAUGAACGUUGAAAAAAAAAAACAAUAAUAAUACGUGUGUUUUUAAUGGGCCUGUUAAAUUUUUCGCAUCCGAGUGAUCCAAUUAUGACCGAUAAGAAUAAUCGUGACGUACAUUAUUAUGCACACUAAUCGCGCGUAUUUAAUGUUUACGCGAAUACUCUCGGCGCUGGGCGGUGUGUUCCGACCGAAACCGAAAAAAAACAAAAUCGAAAACUGGGCGAGGACGCGCGGCCUAAAAUUCCCACCGCGGAUAGGCCACUGUGGCUACAGCUGCGGGCUGAAUAAAGUGAUCUUAUAUUCUUGUAAAUGAUAUUAUCAAGUCACUUCCAGAUUAGACGUAUAACCGAAAUUUAUUAUACUAUAACGUAAACUAUAAAUACGACCCGUUCGAAACGAAUAAAACGCGCGACAAUUUAAGCAAUUUAUUCGAUUUUAACUUUGUCUCCACGACAAUCGAAAUUCUUGUUUAGAAAAAAAAACAAAAAAAAAAAAAAACAAACAAACAAACAUCGCGAUUUAAACGGAUCACGGUGAAACACGUCGGCCAAAACCGAGAGAAGUUUACGGGCAAAAACCGACGGUGAAACGCUACUGCAGUUUUUAUAUCUGUCGAAUUGAUUUUAUUUAAACGCGACGGUUUUAUUGUGACGAUGAAAAACCGUCGUAUUUUAUUACAAUGUGUAUGUGUGUGUGGGGCGGGGGAGGGCUUGAGAUAUGCUAUGUGAUUUAUUUUUUAAAAAACUGACAUAAUACCUUCGCACCGCGGGUAAAGGCUGUCCUCCAAUAAGUCCUCAGACAAUCCAAAUUAUUUAAAACUAAAUCAUUUUUCUAACCAUUUUAAGAAUAAAAAUUCCGAACGAAACAAAAAAAAAUUAUUAGUAUUUUACCCAAAAUGAAUGCAAAUAUUGUCAGAUAAAAUUCGAAUGAAAAUAAAAAAUAAAAAAAAAUUGGAUAAAUAAUGACCAUCUGCGUAUUUCAAAAGAUUUCCCACGGUUUCCAGAGAUUUCCGGUGUUUUCAAAUCGAAAAUAAAAUUGUAUUAUUGUUUGUUCUCUGGUUUGUUCGUAUUUUUCGAGUGAACGAUAUUUUAGCUAUUUUAGUAAAGACCCAUCUAUAUGGGUCAUAGUUAAUAUACAAUUUGUAUUUUAUAAUAUCACUAUUAAAUUAUUUAGUAAAAUUGUGUACUCGGGUGUAAUAAUAUUUACCCGGUACGGCCAAUGGGGGGGGGGUUAUCAUAUUUGUGUGAAGCAAAUAAUCGUUGAAAAAUUUUUUUAAAUUUGUUUUAUAGUAAUUAUUCGUGUAUAAUUGCAAUUGUGUGCCAUUUAAUAUAAUUCGUAUUAAUUGCAAUAUCCUUCGCCUUGAAUUUAUUUAAAGUUUUAAAUUACGAUAAUUAUAGAUAAACCGGAAUAUUCGCACUCGAAUUCUCGGGAAUUUUUUUUUUUUUAAUUGUACGCGUCAGUCCGCGGUUAAUUUCGCAUACCUAAAUCUUGGUAUUUUUUUUUUCUGUAACAUGCGAAGAACGCGAUAAUGGUUCUAUAAUGUUUCGUGCUUGUGCGUGUGAUAACGAUGAUAGUAAUACCAUCAAUGUGUAAUUCAUACUGUUUACGGAAUACUAUCGUUCGCAGCGCCGUGCCGCCGGCACUUGUGUUUUAUCGUCGAUCGGUAUAAAUCGUGGUGUUCAAUCAACACGAUGAUAAUAAUAAUAAUAAUAAUAAUAAUAAUGAUUUCGGCGUAAUCCCGUCCGUUUAAUCAAUUAUUCGAAAUCGGGUUUUUGUCGAAAUAUUCCGCGAUCGCACAUUCCCCCCCCCCUCUUCCUUCCCCGUCACGCCGGUAUUACGGUAUAACGUUGUGAUAAUAUCGUUAUCGGCGUUGACGUGUCGUCGUCAUAACGAUAUCGUAAAAAUAAUAACAUAGGCACUCGUCUCGGUGCAGUGGGCGGCGUCGGACCUUGAGUAUUGCAUCGAUAGGUUGUUGGCACAAUAAUAAUGAUAACAAUGCGUUCUGUGCAGAACAUAAUAAUCGUAAUAAUGCGAUGUGUAUAACGAUCGUAUAGUAAAUAAAUAUUGUGCUUUAAUGUACGGGAACGCCGUAUAAUAUUACUGUGAUUUACCCAAUUAAAGUGCGCCCGAGAUACGUCACUGUUAUCAUCGGCGGCGGCUAUGAUGUCAUCGAUGCCCCGGCGAUUAGUCCGAACCGCGUUUUAUAAUAUUAUUAUUAUAUUAGUUCGCGUUUUACAAAUAAUAAUUAUUGUCGUUUUUAUCGGUAAGGGAAGUAAUUAUUAUUUAUUCUUCUGCGGAUUGUUACGAAACGAAUAACGCCGCGCAAAACGACGACAACGAAUAAUGACGUGUUAUAAUGUUCACGAGUUUUACAUAAUAACAAUAAUAAUAAUAAUAAUAAUUAUGUUAUUAUUCAGGAGUCGUGACCGUUAGUGGGUCGUGCAGGCAGCAGGUACACGGGUAGUAAAAAUCACACCACCGUGUCGUUCGGUCGUCGGCGGUGUCCGUAGGCAGUGGUUUUUUUUUUUUUCUCAAUUUUUUUUUUUACUUUCUGCCGCGGUGCGGUCGUACGGCGGGUAGUCGUUGACGCGUGCGCGUGUCGAUUAUCGAAGAAUACCUUACAUAGGAAACGUAGUAAUCGACGGCGAUCAAAUCGUGUUUUCUAAUAAUAAUAAUAAUAUUAUUAUCAACAGAGUCCGCCGCCCGCGCGAUCAACGCGCCCACUAAACAAUAACAAUCGCAGGGUAAACCGCUGAUUAAUAUCGCGGCGUACCCCGGAUUCCAGAAUACCGUGAUUUGUCCAUAACGGUUGACGAGCUUUUCUUUAAAAUUCCCCGUAAGAUUAUCAACGAUUUCUUCCAUACGACUACCAAACACCAUUCCAUGUGUUGUUUCUUAAUUCAUCUGCGAUGGCAUCGGUGUUGUUCUUUUUGAAAUCCGAAAAUCUCUGAUGGCAUCGAAGAUGGAUGGCUUUAUCCACGGUUUCCGAAGAUAAGGUCGGACAACCAUCCCUUAUCAGCAUUCCGCCUAGUGAGGCGAAUUAAUUUCCAAAUUGUACCACUGCACAAUUGAGCGCUGCACCGCAGACUUAUUUUGAAAUUAUGACAUUAUACUACUUUAAAAUAACCUCGAACCACAAAUAUGUACAUUAUACUAGAUACUCGACUCCGUAUAUUAUUGUAUGCUUAGAUAUGACGUCAGUUGCCAUUUGCAAAUAGGUUAAUGUUUGUUAAAAUAUACUUUUCUUUGGAAAUACCUAUAGGAUUUGUCUACCUAUAGGGUAUUCACAAUUCUCAUGUUUCCAAUUAUUCCAAUUAAAUAGUUUUGUAUAUUUUUUCGAGUGAAUUAUUAAAAGAUUCAUCCAGAAUUGUAUUUUAACAAGUACCUAUGUGUAUUUUUGUAUUUUAACAAGGUUUUUUUUUUAUACAUAGGUAUUUUAAGUUUUUGAAAAUCUGGACAUUUUUUUUAAUCUCUGUUAUCUUUAUUUUUUUUUCUUAUCUUUUUGUUGCGACAAUUUCCUCAUUCCCAUUAUAAUAUAAUACAUCACAGUCAAUGACAUUACAUCCCCACCACGACUUGGACAUAGGAAAUUUAACGAAAUUUUUUAGACAUCAAAUCUGUGAUGAUUAGUUCAAAUGCAUGCCUGAAUGAAAAAUGUUUUAUGAAACUAUAUACAGUUUUUUUUUUCAUGAAAUCAAAAAAGAAAAUGUUUGAGUGUAUCAAACGUCCCUUCGUUUUCAUAUUAACCAAUGAAUAACACAUUUGUUCAGAAUAAACUUGUGAUGUUACAAAAACUGACUUACAAGUAUUGCAAUCACCAAUGCAUUUCAACAUUUGUUUAGAUACCCUAUAAAAGUAAUUAAUGGUAAAUGUAUCUCAAUAUUUUGUUACAUACCAGUUAAAUAAUAUGUUAGAAAAUCUAUUACUUUAGCCUUUCUAUAAUUGUAUUCACAACAUCUUCAUUAAAUUCCUAACUUUUCCCUUUAAUUAUUGUAUUAAUUUUGUACUUUUAAGUUUUCAACUAAAUUUGACUUCUUUGGUUUAUAGAUAGCUUUUUUCAUAUGGACCUAUCCUACACUUGCACGUCAAAUAUAUUUACUGAGCAAAUAACAUUUCCUAAUUUAUCAAUAAUAUCAAUUGAUCUUAUUAUUAGGUCAUUCCGAAAAUGUUUUUCACAAAUAACCACCGUCGAUAUCAUCACAGAAGGAACACAUGGAUUAUUUGUACAUCGAUUUCCAUUAGUGAUUUACCCUCUGUGAUGAUAAUAAUACUCCGUGUACCUACUAUCUGUAUUAUCGUUAUGGUUUGUGCCCCUCGAGACGAUGUCCGACACUUAAUUGUUGUCGUUCCGCAACACAUAAUGUCACGUGUUACGAUUAAUGUUCGACAAUCAGAUAAUGUCAGAUUUUCGGUCAGUAUGUCGAAUAUCCGGCCGUUGAUUAAUAAUAAUAUUGUCGAGUGAAUCGCAGCCUAUUAUCAAACUAAAAAGUAAGAAUAUUAUCUGUGUCGGUUGGUUUUUUUCUCGAUAUUUUAGCUUUUUAGCGAGAAACGAUCUUAAAUCUACUGAUAUAUUUUUAUAUGAGCAAUGUUCUUACCGUUAAUAGAGACCAUAGUUGGCUAAUUCAUUCCAAUAUCAAAACUUUGGGAACAAAAUACGUACCAAUAUAGGUACGUAUUAUAUGGUCAGCCAAAAUAAUAUAUUAUGUCUGGUAUAUGUAUUUUGAACAUACUUUUGGUGGUUCCCUCUGGACCAAAAGGACUCGGGAAUUGCAGGUAUUUUUUAUAGGCGGAUUGAAAUAGUACAAUUUUGGUUGAAUUUCACCACGUUGGAUUCCUGGAGAAAAAAGUGUUUUUUUAGCUUUGCACUCUCCUAUAUCCUAGCCUAUAUCAAAAUAAAGUCAGGGGAUAACAUUUUGUGUGUAUGCAUCGUGUAAGUAUCAAGAAUGUACCUUUUAGAGGUUUCAUCCACAUCCCCGGCCAUUUUUGUGUUCAGAUUUCACGUUUUUACAGGCCAAAUACCCUUACAGACUCGUAAUAUUAAAUAACUCUGUUGAAAUGUGUAUACGCAAAUAGAAUUGUUGCGAAGGAUUUGCCUUUAGAAUGUUUGAACUUUCUACCACCGACCCCACCUGUCGUACCGAAAAUCUCGUAAACUAUUUUACUCGUUUUGUUGAAACAUUUUUUGCGUGUGCGUGUAAAAACGCGAAAUUUGUCGACCGAAAAUCUCACUCCGAUCGAAAACUUUGUAGAGGAACUUGGUCGUGGGGUUUUCGUUCCGGGGUCGGUGCAUCGUCGCGCAGGCGAUUCGGAGAAUCGGAACGCAUUGUCGAUGUCGUUCGUACGUUGUAGUUUAUUGUUGUAGAGAAUUUGUCAAAAUCGACUUGCCGGGUAACCGACGACAUUAUUAUAGUGUACACAUUUGUAAAACGCGCGUAUAAUAAUAUAUAGGUCGUGGAGUCGACGGUACAGUUGGCUAGUUGUAGUAGUAGUAGUAGUAGUAGUAGUAUUAGUAGUAGUAGUACAGUCCCCUGCGGCCUUUUAACAUUCGCGCGCGCGGCGUUGUUUAUAACGACCGCGGAAAUGCACGUCGGCUAUCGUUUCCGAUUCUCGGUGUGUAUCCAGUCGCGAUCCUACAUAGUUUAUUAACCCAGAUUUAUGUACAUAUAUAUAUGUACGAGCGAAUGAGUAUAUGUUUGUGUAUACAUAUAUAUAUAUAUAUAUAUAUAUAUAUAUAUAAUAGUAUUAUGAUUAUACGAUUAUACAAAUGUGUGUGUGUGUGCGUGCACAACUGCCGCGGCGGAGAAGAAAGAGGAGGGAACGGCGUUUGUUUAUUGUACGCCGCACACGCAUUAUGUACGCGCCCAUGCCCUUACCCAACAACACGCCGCCGCCGCCGCAAACACAUAAUAAUUAUAUAUAUAUAUAUACACACACACACACAUAUAUAUAUAUAUAUAUAUACGAAUAUCCACACGUAUUGACGAGAGUGUAACUACUACGUUUUAUUAGAUUAAAAAAAAAUAAAAAUAAAAAAAAACAACGCGUCACACGGCGAAUACUUUUCGAACCCACGUUUUAUUUUUAGAUAAUAAUAACAUAAUCGUUAUUAUUAUUAUCAUCAUCGGUACGCGCGCGUACCUUAUAACAUUGUGACGGUGCGGUGCCGGUGUAGUGUAGUAUAGUAUUCGAAAGUAAAACGGAUCUAAUAUAACAAAAAAAAAAAAAUCCACGUAAAAAUCGAACGCGAAAGAACGCGUGCCGACCUCCUCUUCUCCACGGUCCGCCGCGGUGACAUCGUAUUUUCGAAUGGUCGGCAAUCGGCGUGGUGCCGUCGGGGUGUGUGCGUGGUGUGGUGGACGUUUCUUCCCGGUCCUCUUGACACGUUCGGGCGCUAAACAAUUAUAAAUACGUCCGGAUGCUGAUUUUGUUCCGUCCACCGGCUCUGUAAUUCAAUGAUACAGAUGCCUGAUAAACACAACAUUACGCGCAUUACGUACCGAUAGGUUUUUAUUACGCGUAGAGUAUAUUUCGCUAACUUUUUUUCUAGGGGGGAAAAAAAAAAACACCGCGCCCUAAUAUAAUAUCGCUGUGAUAUAUUAGACUGCGACACAUCGUAGACGGAGACGGCCGAUAUAUCGAAAAUCCAUCAGUAAUUUCCAAAGUUAUUAAUAUUUUUACUUAUUUUUCUCUACGUUUCUCAUUUGUGUCGCACCGUAAUCACAGUCCGCUGUCCGCUAUUUUAUCGUCCGUCCACAAUCCCGAACAUACACCGUGCAGUUGACGUUUUUGAUUAACAUUCGGACAGAAACCGUGUUCGAAAUAAAAUACUGUCGAAACGAAUCAAUAUUCAAUUACGUGUUAGAACAUAGUCCGCACUUGAAACCGAGUGCCAUAUUAUCACAAAUAACUGAAAUGCUUGUGGAAAAAAAAGGGCACGUUACACAUUAUUAGUUCGCUAUUUCAAAAUUAUCGGAAUUCGGAUCAAGGAAACACGAUGUAAUUAUCAUACAAAACCAGACUUAACACACAUAUUAUUUUGUAUAUAUGUUUUGCAUUUUAACGCUAGAACGUGGUAUCUUUUUAGGGAUAUCGUCAAACGUUCUGCGGCUUUUGAACACCGUACCGAUAAAAAUGCCCAAUUCGUGUACCGCGGCCGGUGUAUGCGUGUCCAUAGAGUAAGGAAUGCUAUUAUGUAUGGUGAAGUGAAACAUUUAAAUGAAAAAUGUUUAGAGUGAUAAAUUGAAAAUCAUCAAACUUUAUUUUUUUAAAUUGAAAUCGAAAAACAGAUGUACAUAUCAAUUAAAAAUGUAUUUAACAGUUCUAGCGAUUUAUCUAUAUCCAAUAAGCAUGCUUGUGGCGGAAAUAGAUAAUUUAUACAUGCAAAUUACAAGAAUUACAAACAGUAGUCAAGAUUUGUGUAUACAAAAUACAAUUAUUUAAAUAUAAGGUAACAUUUUUCACAUCAUUUAAAAACUAAUUAUGAAACUAAAUAUCUCGAGUACAUGAAAUAGGUAAAAUGCACAGACAUUUUUUCAUUUGAAAUGGUAGCUAAAUGCUAUAUGCUUGGGUUUUGGUAUAUUAAUCGGAAUAAUUAUUGUUGUACGAUUACUCAAUCUGGUUACUGAUAAAGAACCGUUAUCAAAACUUAAAAAUAUUAUCGUUAUACCUUACACUAUUAUGAAUAUUAAUUGAUAAUAUAUAAGUUUAAAGUGGUAGAUGGUACCAAAUGUAAAAUUUCUCAAAAUGAGCCGCAGCGUUGUUUUCCAUCUAAAUACUUCACCUACAGGUACGUAUGACCCACCCCGUGAUGUGUCGUUUGUUGUUGUUUCGUCGUAAAAACUGUAUUAUUAUUAUCUCCUUGACACUGAGUUGGUGACCGGUGCAACGUAAAACACAUUAUUGUUGUUAUUAUUAUUAUUAUUAUACGGCGACACGAACGGGUCGCGAUGUGCACCAUGUCGAUAAAACAGUUACUUUCACCCCCGCCCUGGGACCCCGUGCGUUUGCUGCGGUUAUUCCGCGUCGUAACGUUCUUUUUUUUGUUGUUUUCUCGCUUCGGAGAGCGAAACGGUCGCGGGAUCACGGCGGCGGACGCCGUCCCGGUCGCGGAAGUCGAUAAAUUUUACCGCGCAAAAAGUCCGUCACGUUCGCGACAACUAUAUUAUCAUUAUUAUUAUAUUUUUAUAAUUCGAGAACGCCGUGCCGCCGAAGGUAGGUCCGUGUAUCGUCGACGUCGACGGUUUCAUUUGACUCCCGGGUGCCGAACGACGACGUCGUCAAUUGACAGUCGUCUCGUCGAAAACAAUACGAAUAACGCACGUGUUAUUACAAUACGUGUAUUUUUCGCUUUUGUACACAAUAUUGCCGUCGCGUCUAUUAUUGACAGUUAUCGUAACGCCAUUGAUAAUAAUUAUUGUCCAUUACCUGCGUGGUGCGGCUGUUUAUUCGAUGUUCUAAGCCACAUGUGUGCGAGCUACGGUCUAAAGACCGGCAAACAACAAUACAUGUAUUUUAUCGUGUAACGUAUUGUACAACAUCCUAGUAGAAUGUUUACCGAAUAGAUAAAAACAUUUCGAUUGUUUGUUAUUCUACGUUUUAUUAUUAUUAUUAUACUAUUUUUAGAUUCUGAGUAAAGCGAGGAAUGUAUUGGUUUUCCUUAUGAUAUUAUGUUGUCGUUUUUUUUUUUUUUUUGUGUGUCUGUAAACAACUAUUCUACCAGAAAUAGUGUUCCGAUCAAAAAUAUAUUUGGAGCUUUCUUGUAUCAUAUUAUGUUUAUCAACUUUUGGUGCAUUGGUGGUUGGGCCAUUUUUUGAUUUCCCUUGUAGUUUCCUUAAUAAAUGGAAAAAGCUGGCAAUUGGUUGUAUAAUUUUUAUUGAUUUCUGGAUCACCUUGACAACAAAUGGAAAAUCUACGAUUUUAACUAUCCCAAAUACUCUGUUCAGAAUCGUUUUUCGUCAGCAAUGAUUUAUCGUUGCGUACAUAUAAAAAUUAAAUUACCUACUCUAUAUAUCUGUAUAUAUUUAUACAUAGAGUUACUACUAUAUGUAGUACAUUAACUACAAUGCCCCCCCAACUUCCCUCUUUAAACAGUGACACGCCCAUCAACAGUAUCUACUGUAUCUCUACUGUAUUUUACUUAUAGAUAUCAAUUUAUUAUUUUAUCAAUUCACAUUCCACGUCUUAUUUUUUUUUUUGUUCCUGGGUUACCUCGAUAAUAAUGGAGAAAACACAACUAACACUACUCAAAAUCGUUUUUUAUUUGUAGUAACUAGCAGUUUAUCGUUACAUACAAUGCGUUAUAUCCUACCUUUUCAACAGUAGCACAUCCGUAAAUAGUAUUAACUUUUUAUUUAUUAACAUUUCAAUUUCAAUUUUUUUCAGUGGUUUUACAUCAUCGCCAGGCUAUUGCACGGUAAAUAAAGAAUUCCUUUACUCCCACUAACUUUGAAUUAACACGGCCUGCAAAUGCUCCUAAAUCGUAUAUUUUACUUGCAUAAUUUUCCAAACUUUGUGUUACUUCCCGAUAAUGUUUACUUUUAAAAACCGUAUUCUUGAAUGGUGAAUUUCAUACGUUUUGGUAGUUUUGUUAACGAAGAUAUUCCUAUGUAAAUUAAUAAUAUACGUAAAUAUAGACGAUGAAUAUGUUUACAUUAAUAAUAUAAACUCGUUUAAAUAUUACAAUUAUUAAGCUUAAAAUAAAAUAUGUUUGUUUUAUUCAUAUAAUAUAUAAUACUGUAUGUUUGCAAAGAAUGUUUUGUAGUUUGUUUUAAUGAAGAAAACUGUUCGAAUACUGUUUUAAACUAUUUGAUAAAACAAAAAUAAAAUAAAGUUAAAUUUAAUUUCUAAAACCUUAUCUCGAAAUUCGUACAUUAGGUAGGUAUUUUUAGGUGUGCAUUUUUUUUUUCCCAUUACACCACGUUUUCCAUUCUGUUCCGUGGUGAUCGUUGUUUCGCAAAAUUAGACAACCAGCUAUAAUUUAUUUAUUUCGCGAAAACACGAUUAUUUUUCCCAGAAUGAUUUUCAACGUGUUGAUUGUUUCGCAUUUUGAAAAAAAUAUCGUUUUCAUUUAACCGUGUCGCGUGUGUUGUAUAUUAUGGUUAUUGGUAUCGCGCGUACCCGUUCCGCUCGGCAACGUGAUACGAACGAGAGGUGGAAGGAUUAUUUAUUGAUGAAAAAAAAACGGUUGUGUUUAUUUUUAUUGUUCGACCCGGUAAUUAUCGGAUUUAUAGUAGUAUUUACACCACGUGGUCUGUUUUCAUAAUUGUGUUAGGUGUGCGCGAGCGCGUAGACAAAAAAAAUAUAUAUAUAGUAUGCACACGCUCGUAUAAUACAGAGAGACACGAUAAUGGGUCAUUAAUUAUUUUACAUUGGACCCAUUAGGGUCACCUUUUCCGCAUCGUCUAGCGCGCGACGACUAUACGUGCUCGUGAUUCAUGAAUGAAGGAACGUCAUUAUCGCGGACAGAAUCCACAGUUUUGCGGCUUCGUAAUUUUACAACCCUUAAAUGUUCUCAGCCCCCCACCCCACCCCGCGAUCGAUGUGUUAUCCACAACUAUUACGUCGUCGGUCUACCCCUCACCCGCGUCUCUCUCGCGACUACUACAAACGUUGCCGCCGCCGCGUUCUCCGCCCUGUCCAUUACAGGUUUCGCGUUCACCACAAACAUGCAUUGUGCAAAACUUUUUAACACCACCCACCCACUCCCUCCGCUCCGCCGUCACUACCGUCGCGUUUGUUGUGUAUAUAGUAGUAGUAUAAUACGUUUAUUUAUAUACAUAAUAUAUAUAUGUGUGUGUGUGUGUGUCUAUAUAUAUGUAUAUACAUAUACUACUAUAUGCAUAUAAAAUAGUCCGCGUGCCUACCUGCAUACAAAUCCCUUUUUCCACCAUUCACGCUCAUUCUAUCUCGCUCUCUUUGUGUUUAUUGUCGGCCGUUGACCCCGAUACCUUCUUCAAGGUCGCCACAACAGUAGUUUCCUUCCGAUCCGUCGAUCCUUUUCGCCACGCCACCGCGGUACUUCUAAAAGUUUUGCUUUUGCUCCGCAGGCUAAUCCCAGAGGACCGACACCACCUCCGUCGCCGGGCCACCAGACGCAUUAUCCACCGCCGCCGUCUUCGCCCACCGGAUACCAGCAGCACCAUCGGGUACCACCGCUGCACCAUCAGUAUCCGCCGGGACCGCCCGGGCCACCGUCGCAGCAGCAACAACAGCAGCAGCAGCAGCAGCAGCAACCGCAGCCUCCGCCACAGCAACAGGUAAUUAUUAAUGUUAAUCGUGUUAAAACGUGUAUAAACAUCGUAGACGUCGUCGUCGCCGGGAGGGAUUGACCUAGAACCAUAUUAUUAUAGUUGUUGUUUUCGGGCGCGAAAAAAUAUUUCCCUCCGAUUCGAGAUGUAUUCUGGGAACGGGCCAAAUCAACCAAGACACGGUACACAAUUAUCCCGGCAAUAAUAACAAUAAUAAUGCAACAACGGAGAUUUAUAGCAUUUCCGGGCUAUUUAUAAAAUACAAAUAAAAACCGCUGUUUACGAGUAAACGUCAUUGACCUGUACGUUAUAGUUUUAUGUCGCCCGGUCGACUUCAAAUAGAAUGGUAAUGGUCGUACGCGUCAGCGGAGGGCGGGCGGGCGGCGGCGGUACCGCGGCAUUAUCACUCACACAGCUGAUCCUCUCCUUGCCGCUUAGUCCCGGUAGCCGCCACCCAUCACGACCUUGACUUCCGUGAAAUGUUUCCCGUCGGCCCCGAAAUGAUACACCGCAAUAAACGGCAAAACCCCAAAACCCUCGGGAUCAUCGCCGUCCACUCUUACUUUUAAUACACGACCCGGCAACCGGCGGCUGCGGCGGCGGCGUUCGUUAUAAUUAUUGUACAAGUAUAUUAUUACUAUUACUGCGGGUGCUGCUGCUCAUAUUAUGGCGUUUGGCGUUUUCUGUGUUUACUAUAGUACUACUACUACCUACUACGUAUUACUACGAAUCAUUACCGCUCUUACUACUCGUGUCCGUACUACCAGCACAACAGAUAAUUAUUUCUAUCGCCGUUACGAUAUUUACACACAUAGUACCUACCUAUUGAUAUUAAUGUUUACACGUACAAUGGUAUCGAUGGUAAAUGCAUAUCGUGUGUUAACCGCCACCGGUUUUUUACGCAGGCACCCUAUGGCAGCUAUAACCAGCAACCGCCUGUCGACCGUCAACAACAUUCUCAGCAACAGCAGCCCCAAAUUCCUUCUCAACCGCCUCAACAACCCCACGCCGGUCCGGGGCAGACGACGUCGUCGUCGGCGUCGGCUAGUCCGCCGUCCGUACCUCCCGUGUCGCAAAAUGCCCAAAAUGCGCAGCAACACUCUUCGCCGCCUCCGCAGUCACAACAGCAACAGCCACCUCAUCAAUCACCGCCACAAAUUCAUCCGGUGAGUUAUGAUUUGAGAUUUUUCUUUUUUUUUUCCGGGAAAAUAAUAUUUUUAACAACGGCGCAGGAGGUAUACCUGGGCGUUUAGCGAUAAUGUACAAUUCUUUAUGAAUGUUUACCCAAUUCGCCGUUUUUUUAACAUAUUAAACAUACGGGGUAUCGCUUGGAGCUGCUUAUCUGAAAAUAUAUGAACAAUGUUAAUGGCGAACGCUGGAAAAAACGCUCGUCUGUUGGGGGACAUUGCCACAUUUUUGUCGCUGUAAAUAAAUUAUUAGACUAGUAAUCAUACUAUUAUUUGUAUACACACAACAUUAUUCGAGUUAAUGUAUACUUUAUAUUUCGGGGGUUAUACCGACGUUCGCCACUGGACAAAGUUCAAUCUCGGUGUGCAAAUGCAAAUGUAAGGUCACAUCACACGUAACAUAAUAAAAUCAUUUGAAUUGUUAUGAAGUCAUUUAACACAAUGAAAGCUGAACACUUGAAUAAUAAAUAUUGGUAAAAUACACAUUUUUAUUUCGGAAUAUAAAUAUCGUCUAAAAAUCACGUAGGCACGAAUUUAAUUCUUUAUUAGGUCUCGUCAGCUGUUAGUUCCAAAUGUUUAUUAGACCUUAUUAAUUGUAUUCUAUUAUACGUAUUCAAAAUGGUUAAAAAUAAAUAGAGACCAGUUUGUUAAUAAUGCGACUACUGUUAAAAAACGCUUCCUCAGUAAAAUAUUCCUGGUUUGUUUGUAAUAUAAUGUUAUUAUUUUGUGGAACACAUUUUUUAGAUACGCGUACAUCUUAAUAACCGAGCCCAUGGUAUUAUUUUCUUGGAAUAUAAUACUUUCUUUUGUUUAAUAAAUGCUAAUACUAGAAUAUUAUACUACUACUUUCACAGUGAUGAUUGGUUGAUGCUUCAUUUUAUGAUGCUGAAAAGUCACGUGAAAUUAUUUCGUUGUAAACAGUUAACAUCUAUCUAGUAGAACAGAUUAUAAUUAUAAUUUUUUUUUUUUUAUGGAUGUAGAUUAUCAUACCGUAUUUUUUUAUUUAUGAAUGUUGAAAUUGUUUAUAUUUCUUUUAUUUUUCGUGUUGUAUUUAGUUAUAUUUUUCUAUUAAAACAAAAAAAAAGUAGGUUCAUUAAUAGUCGACAUUCACUAUCUACCUAAAUAUUCAAAUACUAAACGAUUUAUAUAUUUAGAGUGGCUCACGUUGAUUUGAUACUUGAAAUAACUUUUGUUCUAGUUAAUAUUUUUAAUUUACAUAAUUUAACAAUUAAUAUGUCUCCACGUAAAGAUAAUAUACAUAUAUUUUUUUUUGUAUAGGAACUUAAAAUAAAACAUUUUAAAUUUUAAAAACCAUUUUGUAAUUAAAAUUUUUAAAAAAUGUUUGAUGGUUGGAAUCUUUUUAGGUAUGGUAUUUUAUUUUCUACAAUAUUGUCUAAAGAUAUGUGAACAUUAUUGUGGUUUAUAAUAUUUCAUCAGUAAUCAGAGCACAUCUAAUGACAAGGAUUUUCUUUUCCAUGAGCUAAUAUCACAAUGAUAUUAUCAUAGACUGCCUGUCUACUGUUAAAAAAAUAUUAUAAUAGAUUAAAACCACAGUUAUAUUUACUUUGUCAAAAACUUGAGAAAAUUGUAGAAAAUAAAAUUUCACAGCUAAACAAAAGCUUCUACCACUAUACAUUUUCUAAAAUGUUUUUUUAAAAACAAUUAUAGACAAAUUUUAAAUUUUUUAUUUUAAGUAACCCUUCCUCAAAAAAAAAAAAAAAAAUAGUAUUCAAUGUAUGAAAAAUGUAUGUGGUGUAGAGAACUAAUUGUUUUCAAAAAUAUGUAUUAAAAAUAUUGAAUACAACAAAAUUUAUUUCAAAUGUCAGAUCAUCAUGGGACAUUCUGUGUAUAUAUUUUUUUAUAUGAUGUAUUAGCAAUUAUUCCGAGAUAAAUUAUUUCAGUCAAACUCAAAUUAUACAAAUUUAUUAAACCAAUACCCUUUUAGAUAGUCAUGGAAAAAAUUUUACCGUGCGAGGUCUUGGCUUUUUUAAAACAUAAUAGUAACUGGUUUGGAAGUAUAGUAUUUAUCUUACAAUGUGACAGGUUUCAUACAUUUUUUUCUUCGUCAAAUUAUUCUCGUGUUUUAGACCUUAGUAUAUAUUAUAGCGCGGAAUAUAUUUACUGGCAUUCUCCGGUCACAAAUGCUGAAAGUAUUCGUAUUUGACCGUUGCAUUUGAUUUACAUUAAACGGUAAUAAUAUAAUUUAAUCCAUUGUGUAUGGUGAAUAUUUUUUAUCGAUAUCAAACACGUUACAUUUAAAUAUAUAUUAUUUCCAUGUAAACGCGUUUUUUUCAACCCGGCUUUCUAAAUACCUAAAAUGAAGGACGCCAAACUGUACAAAAUAAACGGUGCCAAAGUUAAUAUAGAUUGGUAGUAUUUACGCUAAACGUCAAAGGAUUUAGUCGAUUAAAAUAUUAAUAUAGUAAGUAAUUUUUUUAGAUAUUAAUAUUGUUAUCUAGCCUAGCGAAAAUAAUGUGAAAUUAAUUACGAAUCCCCCGAUUUGGCAGUAAAAGAUUGAAAAUAUACACGUGUUUUUUAAAUUUUCAUUUAGUGGUGAAAACGGCCCGUAUCCGUAACGAUAAAGUUUUCGAUAAUAAUAAUAAUAAUAAUAACGUAACAACUUUUUUUACGAGUAUAACGAUUUUCGACACUGGCGACUCUGUAAUAAUACGGGGUAUAAAAUCGAAAUAAUAAUCAAAAAAAAAAAAAAAACCGGAGGCGUCACCUCUCAGCAGCAGUAGUAAAAGUAACCGGGGAAAUAUGAAUAGGAGGUUGCCACGGUAUGAAAAAAGGCAUUUUUUACGCGGGUUCGCGCCCAGUCUUCGGGGUCGAAACAGUUAUGUUCGUAUUAUUAUUAUGAUUGUAAGUCUUACACACACACGAUACACAUUUGUAAGCCGUCGGCAAUCCGGUUUCUACCGUUGGUGCACGCCAGAAUGUAUGAAAUAAAUAAUAUAUAUAUAUAUAUAUACAUAUGUGUAUUUUAUAUGUAAUAUGUAUAUAUUAUAUUUAUCUAUACAAUAAUAAUAAUAAUAACAAUAAUUGUUCCCGCGAUGAAUGCACACACGUAUAAGUAUAUAAUAUAAUAUAUAUAUAUAUAUAGAUAUAUAUUUACAGUCCCCGGCACGGUCUUCGCAGUCGGGUUGGGUGCGCUCGCCGCCGCAACGACGACGAAUACACACGGGCAAUAUUAUUAUAUCAUGUGCAAAGAAUGCGUAUACUCGAUACUACGAACGUGUAGUCGCCGUCGACCGUGUAGUAUAGCCGUACGUUCGGCUCGGUCGGCGGUCGGCCCGGCGUCCCGAGCAUCCAUUAUUUGCGCCGUUACCCCAAUACCCCGCCACGUCGUUGUCCCCGAGCACGAACGCCGCUGCUAGCAGUACACUCGACUCGAGUUCCAGUCCGCGCGCGCUGCCCCUCCGCCGCCGCCGCCGUCAUUUCUACACCGUCGACGCCGCGCCGAGCCGGCCCGUCACUCCCCUGCGCCCUCCCCCCUACCACCUCUUCCACGACCGCCGUAACUGUGGGCCGCCGCCGCCUUAACAGCAGCGGCGCGCGUUUUAUCCGUGCGUUCAACGUUGUUGUUUAUUACGGGCCCGCCGCCGCCGCCGUUCUAUUCGGGCUCUGGUGUCUUGCGCGCCCGCGCGUUGGCCGAUACGGGCCGCGGCGACGUCGUAGUAUAGUAGUAUAGUAUCGUAUCGUAUCGUAUCGUAUCGUAUGGUAGUAGUAGUAGUAGUAAUAGUAGUGAUAGUAAUAGUAGUUGUAGUAGUAGUAGUCGGAGUCGUCGUUGUAGUCGUCGUCUUCGUCAUCGCCGCCGCAGUCCUGUUUUUUCUGUGACGGCGAGUGGGGCGGCAAAUCGCGCGGAAUACACCGCGCUGUGCGCGGUUGUUUAAUAUUAUACAUAUAACGACGACGACGACGACGACUCGCACACACACAUAUUAUUUAUUAUACAGUAGGGGAUUUUGUUCGGCUGGCUGGCUGGCUGGCUGGCUGGUCGGUCGGUCGUCGGCGUGGCGGGCGCACGAGUAGCGUUUCACCUCGCGUCCACAGCCGCCCGGGAACGACGCCACUACGUGGCCGUCGCGAGCGGCCGGAACUAAAAUUUCGAUUUUCCGCGCCCGUCGAUCGCGCCACCGCCUAGCUUCGUUCCCCCAUCGCCGUCGUUCGCGCCGCGUAUAACGCGCGUCGGCCGUAUUCCAGCGCUCGCCGUUAUUUAACACGGCACCAUUUUCGGUUUUGACCGCCCGUUGGUUGGCAACACUGCGGAGGCGUCUCGAGCGUGUGUAACCGUUGCUGUUGUAAUUUCGGAGGAUCGGUAGAGCCGAACCGGCCAUGAUAAUGUGAAUAUUGUUUUACCACCGUGUGUUGUAUACGUGCUUAUCUGCACGUCGGUUUUUUUUUUCCAACACGCUCGACUCUCCGAAUAAUAACCCCUACUCCCUGACGGCGUCCCUAACUCGAUGCGCUCAUCCGUCGUCGUCGUGGUUUUUUUUUUGUCUUCUUAAUUUCGUUUCUUUUCGGCGGACGACCGCGUAGCCGAGCCGAUGUCCGCAGCGACUACAAUGAUAUUGUAUACAAAUCUGUAUAAUGACUGGACGGCACGCCGCCGCAAUCCCAUAGAAACGCGCACAUUUCGGUUGGAACUGCGGCGGUGGUCUAUACUCGCGUAAUCACUUUCCCAGCCUUUCAUCCGACAGGUUGCCCCUCCGCUUUGUCAUAGUAUCCGCAUACCCACCCAACGCCUCCCCGUCCGUCGACACCGCCGCCGCCGCCUGCUUCCCAUCCGCUCUGUUGUAGUUUUAAGGGUGAGGUCAUCUCGUUCUCAGCCUAACCCUUUUUAUCGUUUUUCCCUUUACCGACCCUCGUACACCCGGUCGUCGUUCACGACCCCGUGUCGAUGGCCAUUAUAUUAGCAAAGAUCCAUUUAACAUUACUAUUGCUCGUACUAAAUGCUAUUUACUACUACGGUUACAAAUGUUACAAUAAUUAUUGCCAUUACUAUCACUAGUGUCAAUGCGACUUUGACCGGUGGUAACAGCAUAAUAUACGAAUAGGAGAAUACUUUUUGCCAAAUAAUGUCUUUAUUUUUAAUGGGUCGUGUGUACUAACGAUGUGCCGUCGUCGUGUGUCCGCGCGUUAUGUACGAUUUUUUUUUUUGUGUGUUCUACCUACCAACGAAAAUAACGUGUCAUCAGCUACGCGUUAUUGACGCGGUGUGCUGCGUUAAUGUAUGCGAAUGUGAGACGCGUUCGGUGCACGUGCAUUAAUUCGACUUUUUUUUUUUUUCUGACCGCGCCGACUCGCGAUCGUUUCCGUCCGCUUUAACGGAUUUUCCACGUGUAAAUUCCCGGCAAAAAGCAAACAAAAAAAUCCCCGACCCGUAAUAUUAUUAUAUUUGUUAUUAUUUUAAUUUUGUUUUCACUCGUGCGGUCGAUUGUCGAUACUGUCGGCCCAUUUUAAUGUUAAAAACGGAAGUCCGACUCGGACGAGUUUAAGCGAGGAAAGCUGCCUUCGGGCAUAUAUUAUCAUAAUAACAAUAUUAUUCUACAAAUAUAAUUUAUUGUUGGAAACCAAAACCGUUAAUUGCCGUGUACCGAUAAAAUUAGUUUGGUAUUUCCUCGAUUUCUCGAAUACUCCAAAUUAUACUACGAUAACGGCGAACAGAGUGCAAUCCAGUAAUGAUAUCAGCUUAUUUCAUACUUAUUGUUAAUAUUUCAUUGUAGAAUUCGCUAUACACGUUGGCCAGAAGCCUAUUAAAAUAGUUCCUAUUAUUUUGGAAUAUUAUUGGGUCAUAAUAAUAAAGUUUCUCAAUAAAUGACGAUAAAUUUGGCGAUCGAAGAUAUUAUGUUUCGAACCUAAAUACUUAGAUUUGGUAAUAGGGCUGGGUUCCCCCUCUCCCCCGUAUAUCGCUCCCUGGGGCUAUUUUUAUUCCGGGAUCGCAAUCAAUCCGCAAUAUUGACAAUAAUUUUAUAUUGUAUUCGGACAAUAUCAUUUAGGGUUUAAUUGAGAGAUACGUGAUUUAUUAAAACGAAUGAAAAAAAAAAACAGUUUUAUUUCCACAAUAAUAUUAUACUGUAAAUAAUCACAAGUUGGAAUAAUUACCCGUUUACAGAUUAUUGUUUAUCAUCGAAAGGGCAGUCUCAACUGGUUCGAGGCGUUGGCAUUUUAGAACAAUAUUAUUAUAACGUAAUAGAAGAACAAUUUAAAUAAUUAUAAUAUUAUUUCGAAUUAAGAAUAUUAUUGUAUACCGCGUAUGCUACAUAAAAUACGAAUUAUAUAACUAUUAACCGACGAAUUUAAUAAUUUAUCCACUAUCAUAAUCUCGAUCAAUAAUUUGAUAACAAUUAUUAUCGUUAUGACGUUAAUGCUCUGGACAAAUUCCAAUUUUUUGCACAAUGAUCAUAUAAUAUUAUGAUUGUUGUAAUUUUAACGGUACGGAAUCAGGUACCGAAUGCGUUCGAAUUUUGCGUACCUAGGACGUCCGCAAGGGGGUGUCGGUGGGGCUAUGCUCCCCCGCUAUUUUAGUUGAUAUUAAAUAAAUAAAUAAAUAAAUAUAUAAUAAUAAUAAUAAUAAUAAAGUAAGUAUUUAUUGUUUUACUUAUAAUUAUGUUUUCCAUAAUUACUUGUAAGUUGUAAAAAAAAGUCUUAUACUUUUGACUUUGGCUCCCCCCCUGGUUUAUUUCUGCGGGCCCCUUUGUAAUGCGUAGGUAUUUGUAAUUAUAUAGCCUUUUUUUUUUUUUUUUUUGAAACAUGUUUUGGCGUACCAACUAAAUUAUUUGAUGAAUUUUCGUUCAAAAACCAGUUAAAAAUAACAAAAUCGUGUUCGACUCGAAACGAAAAGUCUCGACUUGAACUUUGGCUGCCUGUGGCCUUCAGCACCCAUGUCUAAUCUUUCGAUGGCAGUGUCGGGAUCAAUAAAGGACGUAAUAUUAUAUUAUCAAUAUAAUACAACAAUAUGCUGCUAUCGACUUUACGUCUUCGUGUCAUCCAUUUCAUUGUAUACUUGUCUAUUAUCGUUCUUUUACGAACAUUUUUAUUAGGUACUUCGGGUACACAAAAAUACAUUUUUAUUGAUGAACUAGACGGGUUUUUUUUUUCAUUUGGAAAUUAUCGGGAAGAACCAGAAAUACGAUUACGGCCGAUAUUAUCGUUAACGGUCUACGGUAUUUUCUACUCGACAAAUUUCUUACGAUUUUUACAUCGUCCGGGUGCCGUGACGAAAACUCCUCUGUCGCCCCAUAAUAAUUAUUUCCACGACUGGAGAUCGCAAUUGAUUGUUAAAUCGCCGGUACUCGCUGUUUUAGUCGAAUUUAAUAGGAAUUUAGUCAAACGGCGGGAAUAUUGCCGGGCCAUUAUUAUCGUAUGAUCCUCGCGAUAUUGUUUUCGCAUUUUUUAAACGACGAAAUUUCGUACGGGGACGGCGGUCGACCGACAGAUCGCAGGCGAUUUCAAUGUCGAUCUCCUUCUGUUCGAAUAGUAUAUUUUUGUGCAAUAAGCACGGUAAACUUAGAUCAUAUUAUACAAUGGAUAGAGCUACGGGGCUAUACCUCGUGUGAAAUCAGUCAAAUAUUAUCAAGAAGGUAUGUAGCUACUGCGCACGCGUCGCCCUCUUCGUCGUAAUCCCAUUAUAAAUUGUAUUGGAUUUUCGGAUGUAUAUUUUACACAGAGACAUUAUAUUACAAUUCGAUGAUAUUGCAUUAGGUAAGUUUUGAUAGACUGAUAACAGUACUUUGUGCAUACGCGAAAGUGAAAAUAUGCCCUCUUGAUAUUAUUACUUCUGCCACAUGUUUUAUUGCUUAUAGUAUAGCACUCUCUCUAUCCAUUGUACGCGAUCUAAGGUGGUAAAUUAUGAUUGCCGAUAACUUGUAUCUUAUUAGACCAUUUGUGCGGUUGUCCGUUUAUCUAGUAAAAUACGAUUCAACGGAAUAUAUUACGGUGCCAAUUUUAUGCCUGGUAUAUUUUAAUUUACAAUAAAGUUAUAUUUUAUAUUAAUACAUUCUUAAUGAAAGUCCGACGAAAAACAUCGAUUAACUGUACGUUUUAGUUUUAUUAUUUGUACACUUAGUAUGUUUAUUUCGUUUAUUAGGUAUAAACGAAAUAAUAAUAAUAAUUUUAUAUAUAUUUUUUUUUUUUCAAAGAAAAAAAUAUGUUCCUAGCAGUUCUUUAUUAUUAUUAUAUAUAUAUAUAUAUAUAUAUAUAUAUAUAUAUAUAUAUAAAAAAAAAAAAAAAAAAAAAAAAAAAAAAAAAAAAUGCUUGUAGAGAAUAUUACAAUUUAUUAUCGUAUAAUAUUAUGCGAGACGACGAGUUGUAUUAUAGCGGAUAGCGGGUGAUUAAUCUCGAUUCGUGAAAUAUUUUAACGUACGCUAAAUCGGUUUUUUCAUUGUCGGUCGUUUUAAUAUUAUUUUAUCGCUGAAAGUUUUAAUGUAAUUAUAAUUUGUUUUCGUUGGCGUCACCUGACGAGGCAGUUACGUGUUGUGUUCAAUUCGCCCUGCUCGCUUUUAUUAUAAUAUAUUAUUUAUAUUUCAUAUUUGAAUUGUUGUUUAAUGUUCAGUUUUUUUUUUUUCGUGGAAGAAAAAUCGGACAAACGAAUAGAUAUUAUCACGGAUUUUAGCGUUUUAUGUAUCAAUGGUAUUAUUAUAUUAUAAUACACAACGUUACACUAUCAUUUUAAACCCCCCCCCCCCUUCCUCCGGUAUAUCUUUUAAUUUUAUUAUUUAAUACGGGUUUUUGUUCGAAUUAUAAUAAAACAGUGUUUUAAAUUCUAAUCGAUCAAAUCAUGUUGCAAUUACUAAUUAUUAGUAGGUAGUAGGUAUUGUUAUUAUUAAUAGUAUAAUACCGGUCCGAUUUUGAAUUAUUGCCUUUUCUCACUUGUAUAGGAAAUCCUGUCCAUACUAAAGUUUCUUACUACUUAUAUAUAUCCAUAAAUAGUAUCUAUAUAAUAUUAAUCUUUAUCCUAACAAUAUCCCGUAUUUAUUAUUUUUAUAAAUAAUCGUAUACAAUACAGGUACCGUACGAUUGUAAUAUAUAUACUAAUAAACAAAAAAAAUAAGUGUUUUAACUUAAUUUUUUUUUCGUAACUUUUUAAAUUCUAUUAUUUUGGAUAGAAUGUAUUUAACGUUUUUCUCGCAGGACGUAUAUAUAAAUAGUUACCUAUGCAAUAUAAUAAUAGAGUCGUUGUGUUUUUCCUAGAAAUCGAUUAUUGUUUUUGACGUGUAAAGCGUUUCCUUCUCUCUGAUAAUUAUUUUAAAUCAUAGUGUCGUACGGUGCAUUAGAAUUUAAACAAUCGUUCUUGACAAUACGAUUGUUACUUUCCCUUUCCGUUGUUUUUACUACUAAAAAUGCAUAGUGAUUGAUAAGUUCCGAAAGGUCAUGGUCGUUUUUUGACCUCAUUCCAUUGAGAAAAAAAAAAAAAAAGGGAAGCCACAACCGUUUACACAUUGCGAAGAUGUAACAUCGUAUAAUACAACCUAUUUGAUUUAUAUUGAAAACUGGCGAUGAUGGUGAAAUAACUGGUGUGGUCUGUCCGUGUUAUGAAUGGCAUCACACGUGCCUCUUCCCCUCUACUACCGAUCCCCUUGCCGAUGUCCUUAUCAUCCGUUUGUGUGCACGCGUUUUAUAUACAUACAUGCAUAUAUAUAUAUAUAUAUAUAUAUAUAUAUAUACAUACAUGUAUAUAUACUGUUGUGUGUGUGUGUGUGUUGGUUGUAGAAUAGCGUGUUCCCUCCACCCUUCAGCUACUUUCCUUACUCUCUGUCGUUCUCUCUCGCCCUUCUCUCCGCCUCUGCCCGCAGUCAUCGGAAAGGUCCUAACCCUCCGCUUCUCGUCGUAUACAACUUUGUUGUCCCCGCGCUUUCCAACCCGCCAGCCCUCCGCUCAAUCAUCUCUCUUUCCAAUUACCGCAAUAUAGAAGGAAUACCUUUUAUGUGUAUAUAGUACUACAAACCAUGUUUUCUCUUUCUCUGUCUCUCUGUCUUCCUCGUUCCGUCUCUUUCGUUCGUAUUUUUCCUGGGCCAGACGGUAGGUCUUCCCCGAAACCUCCACAUGUUUUAUUGACCCCCUUCCCUUCCCUUCUCGUCUUUAUUUACACCCUGCCUGCCAACCAUAUGAUCCUUUUGCAUCUUUUUACAGUCUAAAAACGACCUGUUGAUUCUAUUUGUAUUUAUAUAUUAUUUUCGCGUCAAUAACGCUAACGGUUUUUUGCACAGGAUUUGACAAGUCAAAACAGUAACGACAGCAAUUGUGGUGCCGUAGCUGGCAAUGGUGGCACACCCUUGCGGCCAUCACCGUCGCCAACAGGAUCUACUGGUUCACGUUCUAUGUCGCCUGCAGUAACAGCUCCACCAGGCGGGCCCCCUCAGCAGCAACAGCAACAACAACAACAACAACAACAACAAAACAUUCCAAUGCCUCCCAGACCACCCAGUAGCCAACAACAACCAGAUUCGGGGCAACCUACUCCGAAUAACAGAAUGAGCCAUUCGCCUAUGGGGCCACAACAAGGGUAUCAGCAACAACCUUCCCCGCAACCACAAGGCGGUAUGCCCCAUAGCAUGGCAGCACCUUCGCCUGGUACACCGGGAAAUCCAUAUAAAAUGCCUGGACCAAAUCCUUAUGGUCCUCCUCCACCUGGAUCUACACAUAGUGGUUAUCCAGGACAACAACAACCUCCUCCACCAAUGGGAAAUUAUUCUCAACUACCUCCUGGUAAAAUAUUAGUUAUUGAUAAAUAUUGUAUUUUUUUAAUGUUUUCGCACAGUUUAUUUUAAUAUAUGUAUAUAUGUAUAUAUAUUAAAUAUAAUUUUCAUUUUGUAGGUAAUUAUGGUGCUAGACCUCCUGGUUUACCUUAUCAAGGGUAUCCACCACCUAACAGUAAUGGACCUCCACAACAAUACUCUCCUAGAGGUAUGCAAAUGCAUCAUGGACCACCUCACCAAUUUCCUCCUUAUCAAGUAAGUUAGAGAUUGGGUAUUUCUUUUUUGUGUAUUUAAAGAUAUCAUUACUAACAUUAACAUUUUAUUGGGUAAACUGUUAGUUAUUCAAGCAAUUAUCAUAGUGUUUUUUACAUUACAUGUUUUGCAAUAAUAUGCUCAUUAAAAAUUCAACCAGUUACAAAAAUAUUUUGUACUUUUGUUUUGUGUUUGCUUCUUCUUUUACAUUCCAUGACAUGCUUUUUGUGACACAAAAUGUGCUUUGCAGGGAUGGCCAGGUAGUGGUCCACCACAAGCACCACCUCCAUUAAGUAAUAGUCACCAUAGUGGUCCUGUUCAACCACCUACACCUACCAAAGUACCUCCCCCAUCAUCUUCCCCUCAACAGCAGCAUCAACAGCAGCAGCAACAACAACAGCAUCAGCACCAACAACAUCAGCAGCAGCAACAGCAGCAGCAGCAGCAACAACAACAGCAGCAGCAGCAGCAGCAACAACAACAACAACAACAACAACAACAGCAGCAGCAGCAACUACCCUCCCAAUCACAACACCAACAAUCACCAAUUCAACAUCCUCCUCCUGCACAAUCCCCUUUACACCAUCACCACUCUCAUCACCCACCUCCUCCAGGACCACAUAUGCACCCACAUGCCCAUCAAAUGCAUUCGAUGCAGCAAGGUCCUUCUCCUGGACCGCCACUACCAGUUUCGCCUGGUCCUAGGCCUCAUACACCGCCUCAUCCACACUACCUCAAACAACAAUUACAGGUGAUCACUCAACCAAACACAAGAAUAAUGCUUAUGUGUUGCUCAAAAUGUUUCGCUUAAGUUAUUUUUUUUUGUUUUUUGUUUUUAAAUUUGUAUUAUAAAAUUUGUUUUAAUUAUAUAUUAUUUAUUUAAAAUUUUAGCAACAACACAAAGGUCCUGGAGGCUAUCAGACAUCAGGUCCAAUACCACCUAGUCCUGGUCCAGGAAAUUAUUUAAAUUCAAUGCCUCCUCAUAGUAUGGGUCCACCAGCACCUGUUCAAUCAAACACUGCUCCUUCAAUGGCACCACCAAAUCCUUCAAUGAUGACUGUGGAUCAUGAAGUGUCGCAACAACAGCAAAAUCUUAGUGGUGUUGUUACUUCUGUUGUUACCACUGGACCUGAUGGAACUGCCAUUGAUGAUGCUAGUCAGCAAUCAACUCUGUCGAAUGCUUCAGCAGGUAAAUUAUUAUAUAUAAGUUUGUUUUUUUUUUGUUUAAUUUUUUAUUAUUAAAUAUUAUAUUUUAAAACUUUCAUUAAUAAUUGUAUUUUUAAGCUUCUGGUGAAGACUCAAAUUGUACAACACCAAAAAGAAGAGACAAUAUGAGUGGUAGUAUGAUGUACCCACAAGGAAUGGGUGGCAUAAUGGGUCCACCUUGUUCUCCUGCUCACGAUGAGUAUUCUAAUGCAGAUCCAAUGGCACCUGCUUGGUCUAGAGGACCUCCACCUCAUAAUCCUGUAUUUAAUAACCAUAUGCCUCCUCAAAGUGAACAUAUAUAUCGACCAAAGGUAAAAUUUUAUUAAAAUAAUAUGUAUAUUUAUUAGAGCUGUAUGUACUAUAAUAUAUUAUAGUAGAAACAUUAUAUUAUACUGUAGUACUCUAAAUUGUAUAGUCUAAAACUAAUAAACUAAUUUUUUUCUAGAAACAUGAUAGUUUAAGUAAGCUUUAUGAAAUGGAUGAUAAUCCAGAACGACGCAUUUGGUUAGACAAAUUACUCCAUUUUAUGGAAGAUAGAGGAACACCAAUCUCCACAUGUCCUACUAUCUCUAAAAAUCCACUUGACUUGUUCCGUUUGUAUAUAUCUGUUAAAGAACGAGGUGGUUUUAUAGAGGUUUGCAAGGUAUGUAAAAACAUUGUUGUUGUUUUAAAUUUCUUAAUAAUUACCAUACAUUACACUUAGUUUAAUAUUUUAUUUGAUACAUUUUUAGGUAACAAAAAAUAAAAUAUGGAAAGAUGUAGCUGGAUUAUUAGGAAUAGGAGCAUCGUCGAGUGCAGCUUACACUCUCAGGAAGCACUACACCAAAAAUUUGUUACCAUAUGAAUGUCAAUUUGACCGCGGAGGCAUUGAUCCUAUACCAAUUAUCAAUCAAGUGGAGUCUUCUACAAAAAAGAAAAGCUCUAAAGCAACGUCUGUGCCUUCUCCUGGUAAGUUAUCUUGUCCAAUGCAUUCAGUGCAUUGAGUAGGUGGGAUUUUCAAGUGAAUAAUUACAAUUAGGUUCUGCAGGAUCUAAUUCACAAGACUCUUUGCCGUCUGCACCAACUGCCCCAGGACCAGGUCAUGUUGAUGGUUACCCAGGAUAUGGAGGUUAUAGUGGUCCACAAGAUUAUAAUUCACCUCAAAGACCUCCACACCCUCCCCAUGGUAAGAUUAUUCUGAUUAAAUAUUAAAAAUAGUAAAAUUCAAUUGUAAAUUAUAUUUUGUUUUAAUGUUGUGAACAUGAAUUAUAGAUGAUCAUACUUAUUAUUUAUUACCAGCAAUUUGGACUUGUAGCAUUUGCUAUAGUGUUAUAGGUUUCCAACCUUACUUAUUACUUAUUUUUUUUUUAUUUAAAUUGUAUGAUUUUAUUCAUUACAAUUAUACUAGUUUUAAUUUCAUGCUUAGGUUUUUAGGUGUUUAGGAAAAUAAAUUAUUUCAGUAGGUCGUGUACUCAGGUCAGUACUCAUUAGUAAAUUAAUUUAUUCUAUGACAAGAUACAUGAAACUUAAUUAAUAGUGAUAACAAUAAACUAAUACCUUUAAAGAAUUAUUGUUGCUAUUUCACUUGUUUUACUGUAAGAAAACUCCCCCUCCCAGGACAGAAAUAUGUCUAAAAAUAUAUGUAUGGUAGGUACAUAUAAAAAUAAUUACUUUUUUAAGUAUUUCAAUUUGGUGGUAUCUAAAGAGAAAUGAUUGAAAUAUAAAUUUGUUCUACUUCUUUGCCUUUAUCCCAACUAUUUGGGAUCGGGGUCUGCCAGUUUUGUUCUAAAUUUCCACUUAACCCAAUCUUCCACCUCGCAUACACCAUCUGUCUUCAUUUAAUUUUCAAUUGCAUCAACCAUCUUUUUUCAGUUUUCCUCUCCACCUCUUUUCUCCUAAGUUUAUUUUUAUUACAAUUCUUACUGUUUAAGAUUCCUUUCUCCUCUCUCUCACCCAAAUCAUUAUUAUAGUCUACCAUCGAAUCUACCUCUAUAGCUACCUCUUAUGUGUUCAUUCCUUAUCCUAUCUUUUCUUGUUACUUCUCAUUCAUUUAAGUGUCAUAAGCAUUCUCAUCUCUGCUAUACUCAUUCUCUAUUCUAUUUUGCUGACUAUUACCUAACACUAAACCAUACAAUAUAGUCAUACUUUUAUAGAACUUAACUUUAAGUCUCGUUGGAAUUUUCUUUUCACAUAAAAUACCUAACGCUUCUCUCCACAUUAUCCAUUAUAUCAUACUUACUCUUAUAUUUUACAUCCUCAUAAAAGCUGCUAUUCUUUUGUACAAAAGAUCCUAGGUACUUAAAACUCUCAAUCUCGCCUAUAACUGUUUAUUGUUGUUAGCUGUCUUGUGUUGUUGUCUUGUCCUCCAAACUCAUACUCUGUUUUACUUAUACUUAUCCUUAGUCCCUUUCCUUCAAGUUCUACUUUCCAUUCCUCCAGCUUAUUAACUUAUUCCAGAUUUUCUCCUAUCAAAGCUAUAUCAUCAAACAUCAUGCAUCUUAGACCUACUCUUACUUAUUGUUUCUGCGCAUAAUUUGUAGACAAAUAUUAUCUUUAUUUAAAUGAUUGAGAGUUUAAUAAUUAUGAUUGUUAUUAUUGGAAUAAUAUGUUUUAUUUUUGCAAUUCUUUUAAAUAUAACAUUAUACAUUUUCUUUAAAUCUGAAAUUUUUAGAUUUAAAAAUUUAAUUUUGUUUCACUUUUAUGUAUUCAGAUUAUAAUUAAACAAUUGUAGCUUAUAUAUUUUAAAUUUCAUUAUUUGUUUAUGUUAAUUUUUUUUACUUUAAAUUAAAUGUUUAUGUUAAUUUUUUUACUUUAAAUUAAAAUAAUUGUCAAGGCAUGGACAUUUAAUACAUUUAAUUAUGUAUCUUUUCAUUAGUAAAUCAAAAUUUGAAUUUGUUUGAACUAUUUAUCAUAGACAUAUCCAGGUCUAAUCAUGAUCAACUUCCAUUUAAUAUUAUUAUUUAUGUUUAGAUUCUCAGAUAUUGAUAUCUGUUUAUAUAGUAUUCAAAAAGUCUAAUGUGCCAUUAUUAAAGUAUCUUAACCACAACAUUUUGUAACGAUAAUAAUGGUAUAAAAAACAAAUAGUAUACUUAUUAAAAUGUUGUUUUAAAUUUAAAAUUGAAAAAAUAAUAAUAAAAUACUUAUGCUGCUUUCACUAAGUUUUUGAGGACGUUUCAGGAAAUUUUUAAUUUUAAAACUAUGAGUGUGGUUUUUCUGGUUGCUCAGAAAACACUUUAUUGGUUACUAAAUAAUUGUUUAAAAAAACUGAUAACUUUUUUAGACAAUAAUGGAUGGUGCUUUGAAGAGAAGUUAUCAAAUUAAUUGUUAUGGCAAAAAAAUGAAAAAUAUAGGCUUACAUUUAAUUUUGAUUUACUUGUUUAGUAAACACAUGUUUUAUAAUAUUUUCAUACUCAAAUAUUUUUAUGCAUAAUCAGUGACAUUUGGUUGUUCAGUUAUCUUUUUGUUUCUGUAAAUGUAAUUAUACUGAUAUUUUUACUCAAAAUAGCGUUAUUGUUAUCAAAUGUUUUUAAUUAGGCUGCAUAUAAAUAAAUACAAUAUUCCUAUUAUUUACUUCGAUGAUCAACUGAUAAGAGUUUAUGAAAAAUGUUAAAGUACAAUUAUGUAAUUUUAUUUCAAUCAAAUAUUCACAUGUCACAAGUGAUAUGCUCAAUGUUUAACGGUUAUUAGAUUAAUAAUCAUUUGUAAUAUUUAUAAUUAUUAUUAUUCAUAUAUUUUAUAUUUGAAUUUAUAAUUAUUUUACAAUACUAUCCUGUUAUUUAUAAAUUAAAGACUAGUUAUGCUUAAACAUAAUGAUAUGCAAUACAAUUAUUACUGUCAAUUGACAUCUUAUAAUAUUAUUAUGAUAGGGGCCCAAGGAAGUUACCAAGGACAAGGUGGAUAUAAUCAGUAUCCAGGCAAUAAUGAACAAUACGGACAACACUAUCCACCAGCUAAUACUCCAGUUGGUUACCCAAGUGGUCCGGUGAGACCACCUUUAUAUCCACCUUAUUCAAAUGAAUCUGCUGAUAGGUAAACAAAUAUUUAAAAACAUGAUUUGAUAUUUUAAAAAUUAUUUCUAACUGAGUUUUUUUAUAUAAAGGAAUUAUGGUAGUUCAGUUCCUCCACAAGGUCCACCGAAUACUCCACAAGGACCUGGCAAUGGUCAAGACCCAUAUGGCCGUGGACCAGUCCCACCACCAUCUAGUUUCCAACAACCACCUAGGUUCCCCGGACCUCCACCAUCACAGAAUUCUUCUCCGGCCACUGUUAAUCAAACACAAGGAGGAUCAGUUUCCACCCCCGGUUAUCCACCUGGUCAGCAGCCUCAACAAGAUUAUUAUCGACAAGAACCCCCUGCAGUAAAUAUUUAUAGAUUUUUAGUUUGCCUUAUUUUGUGAAUGCACAUGACAUCUUUCAAUUAUUUCUUGUAGAGUCCUGGAUAUCCACCAACUAGUGCUCCUGGUCCUUAUCCUGGAAAAGUUAUGCCACCACCUCAACCAAGGCGCCAUCCAGAUUUCGCCAAAGAUCAACCACCAGGUCCUCCACAACCAGCUGGUUAUCCUGGUGGCUAUGGUCCUCAACGACCUAUGUAUCCAGGUAGCUAUUGGAAUAUAUUUUUACAUUAUUGUUACUGAAGUAUAAUAAUUACACAUAAAUUCUAGGAUGGACAGGUACACCAAAUGCUGCUAAUCAGUAUCCACGACCUGGGUACCCACCUGGAUCCCAACCCCCACAAAAUUGGUCACAGGGUCCACGUUCUAUGCCUCCAUCACAUCCAGGACAACCUCCUACCCAAUGGGAACAACAUAGAUAUCCACCACAAGGGCAACCCUAUGGUGCACAAGUAAGUGAUUUUCAUGAAUUUAUUUUUAAAAAUUUUAAAGUUAUAUUCUCUAGUAAAUUUUUUUUAAAAAAAUCUAGACUCAUUGGGCUUCAAUGGGACAAACACCAAUGAGAAUGCCAAGACACAGUUAUCGUCCCGAUGGAAGUAAACCUUAUGGACCACAUGGUCAAAUGGCUCCACCACCUCAUAUAAAGGUAAAAUAAAUAAUUGAAAAUAAUUUUUAUAUUUUUACUCUUAAAAAUUAUAUAGAUAUUUAAAAUAUUAUUUCUUUGUUUUUUAUACAGACUGGAAUGCCAGGUCAACCAAUAUUUCAAGGGAACAAUUUACUGAAGCGUGAAGUAAUUUUCCCCCCAGAUAGUAUAGAAGCAGUAACACCAAUUCUUUACAAACGCCGUCGAAUGAUGAGACAUGAUGUUGCACCAGUGGAUGCAUGGCGAUUGAUGAUGUCUUUACGCUCAGGUCUUUUAGCCGAAUCCACUUGGGCCUUAGAUGUGCUUAAUAUAUUGUUAUUCGAUGACGUAUCAAUACCUUAUUUUGGGCUAUCACACAUGCCUGGAUUGUUAGAUAUACUUUUAGAACAUUUUCGACAGUCAUUAGUUGAUAUGUUAGAAACCGACAUUAAGUCGUACUGCUGGUAUGAAAAAUCUAAAGUCAUUGAAGAUAUACCUGAUGUUGGUGCUGUAGAUAAUAUAAAUCCAAACGAAAAAGCAUUUUUUCCAGACCCAUCCUUCACCAAUCAACGACCAAUUAAGAGUUCUGCAAUUAUUGAUGGGUCUAAAGAACUAUUUAUUAAAAACGGCAAGAGAUCGUGGGAUGUAAUCGACAAUUAUGACAUGGGAUAUAACAUUGCUGAAACAGAUACUAGUUUUCUUGUGCCUUGUUUUCGUUCCGAAUUUGGUCUUGUUCCUUUUGUCAAACUGUUGAAGAGUGAUAAACCUAAAGUUGAAGUAUUAGACGAUAAGACAUGUAUAAAAAAAGAAUUAGAUGAUAAUGAGUUAGUACAAAAUAACAGUAUUGACGAUAUUGUAAAUAUUAAAAAUAUUAAGGUACGUGAUCCAGUAGGUGUGUUAAAACGUAAAAGUAUAAUGGAUUAUGAAGACGAAAGUUAUUCCAAAGACGAGUCAAGUUUGUCGUUAAUAAGUGAAAGCCAAGAUUCAAUUGGCAAACGAUGUAUUUGCAUAUCGAACAUCUUAAGAAAUCUUUCUUUUGUACCUGGUAAUGAAUUAGAGUUUGCAAAAAGUGGCCCAUUUCUUGGUUUGGUUGGCAAGCUACUACUGACUCAUCAUGAACAUCCGCUGCGCUCAUCUAAAACUAGGAAUUAUGAUAAAGCGGACGAUGACACAGAGUCUUUGUUCAAUUGUACUACAACAACAGAUGCUGAUACAAUUGAGCCAGGCAAUGACGUCAAAUGGUGGUGGGAUUAUUUAGACGUUGUCAGGGAAAACUUGCUAGUUUCUUUGGCUAACAUUGCCGGUUAUGUCGAUUUGAGCACUUUCAACGAAGAUAUUUCCCGUCCAAUUCUUGACGGUCUGUUACAUUGGGCUAUUUGUCCAGCAGCCGCUGGCCAAGAUCCAUUUCCUUCAGCGCCUUUAUCACCUCAACGACUAGCGCUAGAGUGUUUGUGCAAACUAUGUGUUACCGACAGUAAUGUAGACCUGGUCAUAGCUACUCCACCAUAUUCACGUCUUGAAAAGCUGUCCAACGUUCUAACCCGAUUAUUAUGUAGAACUGAAGAACAAGUAAGUUUAAAGUUAUUUUUUUUUUUUAUCACUAUAGUAAAUUGAAAAACAUAUAAUUUGAUCCGCAUCCUAUAUUUUAAUUUUAAACUAAUCGUGAAAUAUUAUACAAUAGUUGACUAUCAUUUUUAAAAAUUUAGCGAAUCAAUAAUUUAUUUACAUUUUAAAAAUACAUUUAAAUGGUAUAAGGAUAGAAAGGUAAUUCUUUUUUCUAAUUUUGAAAUAAUGGUAUCAUUUGAUAUAGAUAAGUUCCAUAUAGUGAAAAAAGAUGUUUUAGUUAGUUAAUAUUUUAGAUAAUAAUUGGAAGUACUGGUUAAAAAAUAAUGUAGUUUAUACAGCUGAAGACAAGUUUUGCUUUGCUAAUUUUCAAAAAAGCAUACUCUUUCUUUCUUUCCUUGUGCCAUUCAACUGAAUUACAAAUUAUUAUAAUAUUCGUGUAGCAUUUAAUGAAUUGGGUGCAUAAAAAAUAACCACUAGACCCUCUAAACUCCAUCAACCAAUCAAAAUAUAAAUUUAACAGUUUUUUAAAUUACUGAUGUUUUAGGUACUAAGGGAAUUUGCAGUCAAUUUGUUGCACUACUUAGCAGCUGCAGACAGCAGUAUGGCUCGUACAAUAGCUCUUCAAAGCCCGUGCGUUUCAUUACUAGUGGCGUUUAUUGAACAGACUGAACAGAACGCAUUGAGUGUGGUCAACACUCAUGGGCUGAAUGCUCUUCGUGAUAACCCAGAUUCAAUGGGAACUAGUCUGGAUAUGUUAAGGAGAGCAGCACGCAUUCUGUUGCUGUUAUCCAGACAUCCUGAUAACCGACCGUUGUUCCUGCAACAAGAGCAGAGACUGUUGUCAUUAGUUAUGAGUCAGAUACUCGACCAGCAAGUAGCAGCUCUCAUAUCACGUGUCCUAUUCCAAUGUUCCAGAAAUACACCGUCUCCUCUCUCCCAGUAACUAUUAUAACGAAUGCGAUCUUUUUUUUCUUCCAGACUUUCUCGUUUUACGUUAUAACAGUUCUUUUAUUAUUUACUACAAACUAUUUUUUUUAUUAUUAUUUAUUUAUUAUUGAAUCAUCGAUUAAAAUAGUUUUAGACUAUUUUACACAAACUAAAAAUUUCAGGAUCUUAUGUUUUGAAUCAGUUGGAUAAAAAAAAAAUCUACAAAAUAUGAACUAUAUAAUUAUAUAAAAAAAUUUAAUUAAAAUCCUUAGACAAAUCAAACAAAGAGACUGACCGUGUGAUUGUUUUUAGAAUUUUUUUCAAGCUAAUCAAUAAUGUUAAUUCCUUAAUUAUGAGGUUUUGUUAAUAUUAUUUAUAUUAUAGCCUAUAAAUAGUUAACAUUUCCGUGUUAAACAUUGUGUUGUAAAUUAACACUUUUUUUUUUUAAAAGAAUUGUACAUUAUAUCCCAAAUAAAAUAUUGUGGGGGUUAUUAUUAAUUAGUCAAAACUGAUACUUAAAAAAUGUAACAUUGAUUUUUAUUUAUUAUUUUUUUUUUAAUAUUUCAAAAAAAAAAAAAAAAAAAUAUUUUAUACUUUGUACUAUGUAUAUAUAGAGAAUAAUAUUAAUAUUGAUAAUGUUGUAAGUGUGUUUAUUUUUAUUUAUUUUUUAAUUUAUCUCGACCUGAAAUAAGAAUGUUAAGUUGCCUCAAAAUGAAUUGUAAGUAGACUACUAAUAAAUAAUGUAAUAUUAAACAUUUUAUUAUAAAAUAAUGAUAAUUGUUAUUAUUAUUUAAUAUAAAUGCAUAUACAUACAUACAUAUAUAUAUAUAUAUAAUAUAUAUAUAAAUAAAUAAUAUAUAUACUUUUUUUUUACAAAGAAAACAAUUUUUUUGUUUUAUUUAGAUUAUGGUAUAUUUAUAUAAAUAUAUACAUACAUGUAUAUAUAUGUUUUUAGUGUAUUGCAAUUGAAUUGACAUGUUGUAAAUAAUUAUCUUGCGUGAAUAUUUUUGUCAUGUACAGUUAAGUAUUUUCUUUUUGUACAAAAACUGAAGACUACAUACAACAAUUCGUAAUUUGUAGAUGUCAGGCAUGAAUUAAGUUAAAAAUAAAUGGUUGACAUUAUUAAAAAAAAUUAAAUGAAAAAAAUUGUUGUUUUAUUUUUUAUUUUUAAAUUUAUCAUUGAGGUAUACAUCAUUUUGGUGAACUUUGAAGAAUGUUUAUUACAUUGUUUAAAGUAUAUAAACUAAUUAUAUAACAGAUUAACAUACAAAUUACAAUAUACAAUUUUGCCAAGCUUACUAAGUAGGAUUUAAUUGAACAAUACAUAUAUAUAAAUAUGAAAAAAAUGCAAUUAAAAUUAUACAACUAAUACUAAUUAUGAUAAAGUUGGUUCGCCUGGUUUCCAAUCAGCAGGGCAUAACGUUUCCGUUUCGUCUGUAUAUUGAAAAGCUUCCAACAGUCUUAAUAUUUCACUGAUAUUGCGACCCACAGGCAGAUCAUUAAUUGUCACAUGUCUUAAAAUACCUCUCAUAUCAAUUAUAUAAUGAGCUCUAAAAAAUAGAUUAGAUGAGAAUUUGAUGCAAUGAAUUAAACUUUAAAUUAAAUUUUAAUUACCUGAGAGAAUGGCCAAGUUCAGAUAAAUAACAUCCAUAACUUUUACUGAUGGCAUGAGUUGGAUCUGAUAAAAGUGGCAUUUUAGGUAUGGCGAUCCCUCCAUCAGAUCUUAAUGUACGGGACCAUGCUUGGUGUGAUAGGUAUGAAUCCACAGAACAUGCAACUACUUCAGUGUUUAAUGCUCUAAAUUCAGAUACUCUAUCACUCAGGGCAAUUAGUUCACUCGGACAAAUUCUAGAACUAUUUAUACAAAUAUAAAACAUUAUAAGAGCGUUAUUAUUACUAUAUAAAGAUUUAUAAAUCCUAUAUGAAAAACGAAUUUAGUUGUUCAAUUCAUAUUAAUAUUCACUUAAAUUUUAGAUUGAGGAAUUUUAAUAGAAAUAGUAAUAUUUUAUUUUAUGUAGCCCAAAUGCGAAACCGUGAACUUAAUUAUAGUUAACACGGUAUUAGUAUGGGCAGAUAUUAUAUAUUAGUAUUAUCCAAUUAUAAAUUUUUCUAUGUAUAAAUGUAAUAUAUUUAGCCUUAACGGAGUGAUCAAUACAUAUGAAUGCAAAUCUAAUACACAUAAAGCUAAUUUAUAUUUCCCAAAAGCGAAGCCGUGAAUUCAAUUAUAAAUGAACACGGUAUUAGUAUGGGCAAAUAUUAUAGACUAGUAAUGUCCAAUUGUUAACUUAUUAAAUAAUAUAAAAGUAAUAUGUUUAGCUUUAACAGAGUGAUCAAUACAUAUGAAUGCAAAUCUAAUACACGUAGAGCUAAUUUAUAUUUCCCAAAAGCGAAGCCGUGAAUUCAAUUAUAGACAAACACGGUAUUAGUAUGGGCACUAAAAUGGUUUUUAAUUUCCCCCCUAACCAUAUUAUAACAAAAAGAGGAUUGAGCUCUAUUUAUUUUAAGUUU